UCCAUAUUGGUUUACUAUGUCCUUACAAGCGCUCAAAGUGUGAUUCUUUUGAGCUUCCAAUCUCUUAUAGAUAGCUUGAGUUUCGAUGAAACUGUUGUAGUUUGCCACUUGUGUUGCCCGAGCUUGAAUCUAUCAUGCUUUUAAUUCAGAACCUUUAGCUUCUCUGGUCUUUGUUCUUUCCUCUUAUUUUGAGCUCACUUCACUUCAUUUUUCAAGCAAAAGAAACUGGGUUCUGUCUGUAUGGAAGUCAACACUGGCUUGCGAGAUGCAAUAAGCUGGCUUCCUGACGAGGUCCUGGGAAAGAUCUUGUCCCUACUUCCGACCAAACAUGCUGCUUCAACAUCUGUUCUUGCUAAAAAGUGGAGACAUGUGUUUAGAUUAGUGCAUAAUCUUGAUUUUGAUGACUCUGUGUUGCUUCAACCAGAAGAGUGGCAUGUGAUCCGAGAGAGCUUCAGACACUUUGUGGACAGAACACUGGCUUUGCAAUGCGGUUCUCCCAUCAAUAAGUUCUCUCUAAAGCUUCACAUUCACGAGAGCAGAGAGAUGGCCUAUUUGUCUGCCUGGAUAUGUAAUGCACUAGAGCGUGGUGUUUUGGAGAUGAGCCUAAGUCUAAAGAGGAAGCAUGAACUCUUUCUGCCCUCUGAGCUCUUAACGAGCAAGACUCUGGUUAAGCUGACACUGGGAACACAAAUAUAUCUCGACAAGUUCGAACCAGAUGCGUAUCUUCCAGCGCUUAAGAGCCUCGUCAUAGACUCUAUUGUUUUUGAUGGUGACGAUCUGUGUGAUGUGCUUCUAAGUGGUUGUCCUGUGCUGGAGGAGUUAUAUGUACGUCACGAAAAUUGUGAAGGAACCCCAUUCUGUAUAUGUAGUUCGAACAUCAAGAAGCUAUCAGUUUACUAUGACUUUGAGCUUUUAAGGGGUGGUAUGUCGUUUGACACCCCAAGUCUUGUGUCCCUCAACUACCGCGACUAUGCGUUAGAGGAGUACACAUAUGUGAACUUGGCUUCCCUAGUGGAAGCUAGGCUAGAUAUUCUUUAUUCUAUAAGGAUCAAAGAUUCGGAUCUAUCGGGUCUCAUUGUAGGGAUAAGCAACGUGGAGAUCCUGCAUCUUUCUCCCGGUUCUGCUGAUGUGAUUUCUCGAUGUGUUGAAGAUGGACUAGUUUUACCGGUGUUCAAGAAUCUGGUUAAGUUAUAUUUUGGGAGUAACAACAAACGAGGUUGGAAACUGCUGCCGUAUCUGAUUAAGCAGACUCCAAAGCUUGAAACUCUAAUCAUCCAGGGUCUGGAGGGUUACGCAGGCAAUGCUACCAUUCGUCCCUUCCAAGUGAAGGUGGAUGAACUGCUAAAGCGUUGGAUCACUUGAAGAGUUUUCUUGGAUGAUGCCACAAGUUCAUAAACCAAUAAGGAAGUUUCGUCCAAGUGCAAGAUCGAUGUACUCUAAGCUUGUAUAAAUAUUGUGCAACAUUAAACUCAUAUAUUUAUUUAUUUAUGCACAUAUAACUUUAUUUGCUUCUUUUAAAGUGGAAUUUAUAAUCUUUUACAACA